AUGAAAAUUCGAAUUAUAUCAACCACUACAACAUUUUAUCCACUAGAUACGGAUGCUCAAGAUUUAUCUCACAAGAAUGACAAUCUUACCCUUAAAUCAAUGCUGAUGUAUCUAAAAAGAGAAUUAAAUGAAGAAGUUCGUUUUUUUAGGGCAGGAGACAAGUUUGUUGUUUUACAACAAUGGAGAGAUGCUCUUUUUGUUAUCGAAUCUGAUGAAAACUAUUCUCCUGAACUCCUAAAAUUGACGUUACAAGCAACAAGAGAAAUUUUAAUCUUUUUGUUCGGUCCAAAAUAUGAAACUGUCAUGGGAACAAGCAUAUCAUUAGCAAAGAGACAAGCAUUUGCAAGAUAUAUUGAUACUUAUUUGAAUCAUUGCGAUACAAAUUAUUUAUCUCUCCUUCAGACUCCGAUACAUGAUAUUGACAAUUACGAAUUAGGAAACUGUUUUUCGCAAUGUGCCGAAAAUGUCUCUUCUCAAUACAAAUCAAAUUUAAUUGCUCUAUUUUUGUUCAAUAACAACAAAAUAGUAUCAAUGUACGUUCCAAAAAAUGCUUCUAAGAUUGAUCCAGAAAUGCUGUUCAUUAUUCAGCUAUUCGAAAACGUUGAAUACCCGAAUACAAAAUCUGAACCUAAUUUUCAGUUGAUAAGUGAGCAAUUUGUCGAAGAAAAUAUACGUACAAGGAUCGCGUUUAUCAGAUCCAAUAGAAUUCCACUCGCUUGCAGCUUAACUUCGUCACAACUUUACGCAAAUUCUCCAUUGUCAAUUCUAGCGAUUACACAAGACUCAAAAAUGACUAUUGAGCAAAAGGAUACGAUAAAGAGCAUGAUGAUGAACCUUACAAAGUCAGUUUCUACAUUAUAUUUUGCUCAACCAAAUUAUCCGCCCAUUGAAGUUGUUGAAGGUCUUAUACAUGCAGCAUUUAUCAAUAGAACAAACGGUACGUCAUUCGAACUUACUCCAGAUAUCACAAUGUCAUUGUUAUCAAGAUAUAUGGCAUUUCAAAGUGAAGAAGAGAUGGAACAAAUGGUCAUUUCGAUGAAGAAGAGCUUAGCAAACAAAGCUAUAACAGCUUUAAUGAAAGGAUACACGACAAUGAUUUGGGGUGAAAUGGAUUUACAGUUUUGCUAUCUUUUGGCAUUCAGAGAUGCUGAUGGGAAUGAGAUAAAGCCAACCCGGGUGUUUGAACCUCCUCUUUUUGAUGAUGACAGCGGAAUUACUUUUAAUUUAGUUGCAAGCUCCGUUCUUCCUGAUGUUAGAGGAAAAAUUAAUGUCUUUGAAAUAUUAACGGUAUUUACCGGUGAGAUGCCUGUCAGAGAUGUUUCUUACGGAGUUCAUUUGAUGUUCCAAAAUUAUUUGAAGGACUAUGUCAUGCUUUGA